CCAUGACUUCUUGAAACACUACCUGGGGAGAAAAGUCGAGGGGAAACGCGUCUCUCUUUUAUUCGCGGUUGCACCAAUGUUGCCCAAUGUGAGAGACAUUACAGGACGGAGAAGAGCACCGGGGCGGUUGUAGGCACAGCCUGUUGUUGGACUACUUAACUUUAACGUUUUCUAAUCAGGGAGGCUGUUCGGGUACAUGGAUGAGUGAAGAGGAGCUGAGAAGCUCCCCCGCUGCUUUUAGAGAGUGAGGAGGAUUAGGCUGGAGCUCAGUGGAGGCACGACGGCACUCUCACACGGCAACCGGAGCUGGAGCCAUGAGCAGGGCGCUUACGGAGCACAUCAGCAGUAGCUUCCGAGAAGAUGCUCCUCGUCCUCCGGUACCGGGGGAGGAGGGAGAGGCGUCAUGCUACAACCCCAGCAGAUCUGCCAAAAUGAGAGCCCAGAGCAAGGUUAAAGAUAGCGCCGUCUCCGCCGCGCCUCCCGGCUCCACACCGCGGAGGAACGAGGAUGGACUCGGGGAGCCAGAGGGCAGCGCGUCCCCGGACUCGCCCCUAGUUCGGUGGACAAAGUCUCUGCAUUUUCUUCUGGGCGACCGGGACGGCGCUCACCUCUUCAGGACCUUUUUGGAGCGGGAGAAUUGCGUGGACACUUUGGACUUUUGGUUCGCCUGCAACGGCUUCAGGCAAAUGGACUUAAAGGAUACCAAAACGUUGCGAGUUGCCAAAGUUAUUUUCAAGCGGUACAUCGAGAACAACAGCAUUGUCGCCAAGCAGCUGAAACCCGCCACCAAGACCUUCAUAAGGGAUAGUAUUAAGAAACAACAAAUAGACUCUGCCAUGUUUGACCAGGCACAGACGGAAAUUCAGUCGAACAUGGAAGAGAAUGCAUACCAGAUGUUUUUGACCUCUGACAUAUACCUCGAAUACGUGCGCACCGGCUGCGAGAACGCUGCGUACGUGAACCACGGCGGUCUCGGCAGCCUCAAGCUGAUGUGCGGAUACCUUCCUCCUCUCAUGGAGGAAGAGGAGUGGAGUUGUAAUGACCUAAAGGCGAAAGCGUUAGGGUCUGUGGUUGGACUGUCUGCGAAAACCCUGAGGGCUACUGCUACCAUCCGGACAGCAGCUGAAGUGCUGGAGAAUAGUUGCAGGUCCCACCGUCGGGGAGAUCCUGCCAGCCCAUACUUUGUCAACUCCGGCUACAUCUUUGCCCCUGCCACCAGUGCCAAUGACAGCGAGAUCUCCAGCGAUGCCACGACAGACGAUUCCAUGUCCAUGACGGACAGUAGCGUAGAUGGAAUCCCUCCAUAUAAGCUGGGCACCAAGAAGCAACUCCAGCGAGAGAUGCAUCGCAGUGUCAAGAUCAAUGGCCAGAUUCCACUACCCCACUUUCCUAGGACACAUCGGCUGCCUAAGGAGAUGACCCCCGUUGAGCCCUCGGCCUUUGCUGCUCAGCUCAUAGCCAAGCUGGAGAAGCUGAAGCGAGAGCAGGACACCAUGAGCUCAUUGGAGGAGAGGCUGCAGCAGAUCCAGGAGGAGGAGGAAAGGGAGGAAAGCGGCGACCUCACCAGCAACACCUCCCUCCAUCAUCCCCUGCUCCCAUCUGGCAGCCAAUGUGAGGAAGACCCCCAGGCUAUCCUAGACGAGCACCUAUCCCGCGUCCUGAAGACACCUGGCUGCCAAUCACCAGGUGUGGUUCGGCACUCACCGCGCUCAGGCUCCCCAGAGCGGACGGGCGCUUUGGUGUCCUCUGGCCAUGGGCCCUUCUUUGGUGCUUAUCCUGGGGCCGCCAAGGUUCUGAUGACAGGCAGGCAGUCCACAAAGCACAUCCACCACCACUACAUCCACCAUCAUCACGCUGGGCCCAAGACCAAGGAGCAGAUCGAGGCCGAGGCGGCUCAGCGUGUGCAGUGCCUCUGCCCUCCAGGGGGCGCCAAUUAUUCCGACUUCACCCCUGCUCGCUGCAGCACUUUGUCCAGACGGCCAGUCAAGGCCACAGAUGAGGUUGUGUCUCCUCCGCGCCUUCCCCUAGAUGCCACCGACCGCUCUCAGAAUGUUUGGCAGUGGAUCCUGGAGAGUGAGCGGCAGGGCAAGCACAAGCCACACAGCACUCAAGGUCUAAAGAAGUCCAACCCCCUUGACUCCAAAACCCCGCCCAGUCGGACUCACUCCUCCUCUUGGGGUGGAGGCGGUAUCGGCAGUGGGGCUCAUCUCCGUGGUCACCACCCAGGCCAUCCGUUCAUUCAGGACCCAGCCAUGCCACCCUUGCCCCCACCCAACACCCUGGCGCAGCUGGAGGAGGCCUGCCGCAGACUAGAGGAGGUUUCCAAGCCACCAAAACAGAGGCAUUCAGCAGCAGCCAGCAGCCUUCAGAGAGACAGGAGCCAUCCAGCAGCUGCCUUCCCCACUGGAGGAAGCCCUCUAGCCAGCCCUGGACUCCAAACAGACGAGUCUAAGGAACUAGUGGUCACCUACUUCUUCUGUGGUGAGGAGAUUCCUUAUCGCAGCAUGAUGAAGACCCACUGCCUCACCCUGGGACACUUCAAGGAACAACUUAGCAAGAAAGGCAACUACCGGUACUACUUCAAGAAGGCCAGCGAUGAGUUUGAGUGUGGUGCUGUGUUCGAGGAGGUGUGGGAAGAUGCCAGCGUGUUGCCCAUGUAUGAAGGCAAGGUCCUGGGCAAGGUGGAGAGAAUGGACUGAAAGCCACUUUGUUGCCAACCAACCAAUGCCCUUCCCUGCCCAACCAAAAGCUAAACUGUCCCUAAAAGCUUGAGCAAGAGACUCUGUGUAAUUAACAAAAAAAGAAAACACUCUGGACUCCUUUUUUUUCUAUUUCUUAAUAUUAAGCUAAACAGAGUUAAUAUAUCCAGCACAAGAGGAGUGAUUGAAGGAAGACGAGCCAAUGAAGUAUGCCGAAUCCAGAGGAGGUACUGCCCCUCCCUGACUUUCUCAACCAAUCAGCCUUAGAAACACAAGGGAAUGACACGAGAGACUUUAAAAGACCAAUACAAGGAGGAGGAUGAUGAUGAUGAUUUGAGGCCAGUAGGGGUGAGACCCUGCCUCUUCUUGAAUAUAACCACUGAAGAUGUAGAUGACUGUUUCGUUGUGAUGUGAUAAGAGACCGACGGUGCGUUCUUACCGGCUUCCUGGCCGAGUGCAGCGGACUAGCAGGCACCGAAGACGCAGUGCCACCAACCUGCUCUUAACGUUACACUCCAACAACGUUACAAAAACGUCUGUACGUGUGCAUAUACAUACAUGCAUAUAUGUAUAUAUACAUGUAUUAUAUAUAUAUAUAGAUGCUUUUGUCAUGAGUUGAAAGUUUUUAUUAAGUAUUUAUUGAAAAAAACAACCCACUCCCCCUUCCCUACUUCCCAAGUCUCCUUAAACCUGUGUC